ACAGUAGGAUAUCAAUGGAAAUAUUUAUCACAUACACCAACAUUAUUCUAUUAUGAAUUAAUUGGUCAAAAUAAUUGUUAUGCUGAUUGCAGUUUUAACAUCACGUCAUAUCAUUUGAACACUUCCCUUUUUUAAUGUAAUUCCACAUAACGGAAGGGGGGGGGCUAGAUGUGCUUAGUGAAAACUUUCAGUGGGCCUUUUGUCUUUAAAACAAUACAUUUAUGAAAGAAAGUCUUGUCCAGGCUUCAUUAGCCCAGGCCUCCUGCUGUGGGGUUGAAUGAAAAUGACAUUUAAAACAAUUACUUGAGCAGAAACCAGCUGCCAAUCACUCUUACAGGGGAAGGAUUCCAAUUAUUAACCUUCUCUUAAUCCCCACGUUUCACCUCAUACGCCCCCCCCCCCCCUCAGCUUUGUCCACCUCUCCCUCUCUGUCUUUCUCCUCUUCCACUCUCCUCUCCAAGCCGGAGUGCAUGACGUCUGAACUCAGUUGUUGAAUGCUUUUUUGCCCUGCGUGGCUUCAGUUGCACUUUAUUGGACUGAUUCUGUCAGGACUGUUUGCCGCAUCGAGAAAUUAUUCAGAGAGAUGCAAGGUAAGAAAAGCCAGCUGAGUGAUUGCGAGCGCUGCACAUUGUGGAUCUGGGAAGAGUGAAGUCAGAGGGGGAGCUGCUGAGAGGAACAGGUGGAGCACUGGCAUCAGCAACUUUAACAGUUCAGCGUAAUUACUUCCAAAAGGUAAGCUCUACCUCACUGUGUCGUUUAUAUAUCAUAUUGACACUAACCUUAACUGUGUUACUAGUCAUGCAACUAAAGAUGUGUGAGUCCAAAAAGAUAGUGGUGUGCUCAGUAGGUGAAUCUCAGGAUGCACUGAAUGCUGCUGCUGUUGAAACUAAAGUAUUUUUAUGAAAACUCCACAUCUUCUAUGAGUGAGCACCUACAAUCUGCUCUCUUCACAUGUCCGAUGAUGUAUAGAUUUAUUCCUAUUGCAUAGCAGAACUUCUUUUUUUAAACAAAUUUACCUUGUUUAUUUUUUUAACAACACGCAUCAUUUUACCCAAACUAUAAAACCUGUGAAUUAAUUUCUAUAUUGAAGCAGUCCAUAUUACAGAUAUCACACUUGUGAUUAAUGGUUUCUUGCUCUUUAAAGAUUUGGAUCCUUGCUACAGUUACACUCUAGACUUUGCAAACAUAAUAUUGACACAAACAGGACUAAUUUCUGUAAUGAGUUUACAACGUUAUCAGUAAAGUGACAAGAUAUGUGUCAUUAGUAUGUCUAAUGAUUAUUAUUUUUUUAAACUUCUAGAGGCUUUUAUUUACACAAACAGAUCUGGAUGUGGUUUCCAUGAAAAAAGUUGUCUUUGUUUUGUGUAGAUGAAAAAUGUUGCAACUCACAUUCAUAAUUGACACUGUAUGGCCAUUAGUGCUGAUCAUUUAUUUUUAAAAAAAGGUAAAAGUACGGAUUAAGAAGUAACUUGUGUCAUUAGUGUCCAUCAGCGCUCUCGUGAGUACUGUAGCUCUAAAGGAUAGAUACUUGAGCCCCGGCAUCCGCAGAGGAUAAGCGGGUUUAGAUGAGAAGACCAGUGAUCUCUGACCCACUACUGAACCUUCAGUCCUUCACUUAAACCCCUUUCUACUUAUUUUAGUGCCCAGACGCUCAAAUGCAUUUAUCACUGGACACCAUGAGCAUGGUGGACGACAGCUGCCUGUCACCCGGCAACUUCCACGAGAUGGGGAAAGGUGGGGGCGUCGCUGUGGGGGGCCGCGUCCACAGCAUCGAUGUCAUUCUGGGUUUCAGUAAAGACCAGGACCCCCUGCUCAGCCCUGCUGGAGCCCCGCGACCCCACAAAGUUGACGUAGAUGACCUGGCAGAGCCUGGGAGGCAGCAGCAGGAACCCUCAUCACACCUGGCCUACAGCGGGCACCUUUCCUCUCUGAGAAAUGGCAGCACGGAGCAGCAGCAGCAGUACCACGAUACCGGCUUUUUCACAAACAAGUGUGACGAGGAGCUGAGUGAACUGAGGAAGAGUGUAGAGAGCGAUGAAGGCAAGUCUCCAGAGCCAUGCAAGGACGAGAUGCCCAAGAAGAAGCACAGGCGCAACCGCACCACCUUCACCACCUACCAGCUGCACGAGCUGGAGCGUGCCUUCGAGAAGUCCCACUACCCGGACGUGUACAGCCGCGAGGAGCUCGCCAUGAAGGUCAACCUCCCAGAAGUCCGAGUUCAGGUCUGGUUCCAGAACCGCAGAGCUAAAUGGCGUCGGCAGGAAAAAAUGGAUGCCAGCACCAUGAAGCUCCACGACUCGCCGAUGCUUUCCUUUAACCGCCCGCCACCGGUUCAUACCAGCAUGGGUGCGAUGACCAACUCCCUCCCCUUGGACCCCUGGCUCUCCUCUCCCCUGUCUAGCGCCACACCGGUCCACAGCAUCCCAGGCUUCAUGGGUCCAGCUCAGGGCCUCCAGCCCAGCUACCCCAGCCACAGCUUCCUCAACUCUACUCCUCAUCCGCCUCAUCCUCAUCCUCAUCCUCAUCCUCCUCAUCCUCACUCUCAUCCUCAUCCGUCCAUGGGCCAGGGGAUGCAGAGUAUGGCUCCUCCUCCCUACCAGUGCUCAGCACCGUACCCUGAUAAAUAUCCUCUGGAGGACGUGGACCAGCGCAGCUCUAGUAUCGCUGUGCUGAGAAUGAAAGCCAAGGAACAUCUCCAAUCUAUGGACAAGACCUGGCAUCCCAUGUGACUAAAAAACCUGUCAUGUUGAAGUUGUGUCUUGACAUUCAGGGACAGUCAGUGAGUAAUAUUUUUGAAAAAUAUGGCAGUGACUUGCCUGAUACCCACCGAGCAAAGGAAAUGGAUUUUGAACUGUGAAAACUGAAGAUUUUUCAUCUCAAGGACAUGAAGCAGAAAUGUGAACUCUAUAGUCUUGUUAAAUUGCUAAUUUUACACCACCAAUUACCAGAUAUAUGUUUCCCCUCUAAUAUAAAAGUGUUUCACGUUGAAAAGAAAGUGUCUUCUUGCAUCCCGGAAAGCAAGAAAAUGUCUGUGACACAAAAAUGUCCUGAUUUUUUUAUAACAAACAAUCGUAUUUUUACAGCCACAAUUCCCUAUGGAAAAAUACAUACUUCCAUCCAUAGCUUGUCUAAUGAUAGCAGGCGGCAGGUUUUCAGGGGUCACAAACACACUUUAAUCAUAAAUGGAAUAAAUGGCAAAAUAGUUUUUUAUGCCUAGAAAUGUUAAGAAGACAACUGUCCAUAAGAUUACAUGAAAAUCACCCAAAUAUGGGCAUUAUUAUUGUUCUCAUCACUUUGUUGUUAUUCUUCACAUUUAGCUGUUUGUUCUUUCCUUUUCCCCAUUUCUUCACCAAGUUUGUGUUUUUACUAAUUAAUCCAAUUGUCGCAUUUUCAUGGGUCAGCUAAUCAGACUCUCAGAGUACUCUGUGGACUAAAGUCCAGUCUCAGUUUGAUGUGAGAGCAGCUUUUAAAACUCAAGGCAGCAUCGCUGACUGAUUGUUAAAUGCAGGUCUCACUAAUCUUUUGGUUUGUAAAAAGAUGUGUAUAAGCUUAACUCCCAAUUAUAGUACUGGUUACCCAGUUUAGAUAUUUGAGCCUAUAGCUUAGAUAACCUGGUAUGACUGGAAGAAGAUGACAGCCAAGGGCACGUGGUGCUUCCUGUCGUGGUUUUCAAUAUACAGGAAGAGGAAAAUCUCUCAAUUAUGCUGUUAAAUAGAUAAUUGUUUCGUGGGAAAGUGUAUUAGAGUCAGAGAUGUGAUGACACCUCUGAAGUGGAUGGACCACGACGGAAAAUAUACCAAAAAUAAUUCUGCACAGUUUCUGACUUGUGCUAAGAUGCUUUAAGAGAAGGAAGGACAUAUAAAAGAAAGAAAGACAGACUAGAGAGCAGAGUAACUCUCUUUUUGCUUGAGUGGCUGUUGGAGAAGAAGACCUGUUGGCAGCUCAGUGUUGGGUGGCUGCGUGUACGUGCAGGGCAGCAGAAAGAGCCCUGUGUGAUGCGUCACCCCACAUAGUUUAGUCUUUGUUCUUCACAAUUGAUCCAAGUGUAUCCCCUUUGUCUGAAAGAGGCAGGGGGGGGGGACAGUCUCAGGCUGCACUAAAUAGGCCCUUGUAACCAUUUUGUCAUGACUUUUUUCUUUUCUUUCUCAAUCAAAGGAGGAGAAACAUGGAUUGUAGCUGCUAUGGUCAUUAGUGACACAAUAUUGGUCUUUUCCCAUCUGUUACAGAGUCAAGCUCUAAUUGUCUUGAUAUGUUUCAAAUGAGCUGUAGAGCUAAAUAGAUUUGAAUGAGACAUUUUUGCAUCUGCAGGUAGCAUCUCAAAUGACUAAAUAUGUACAGCAAGACAAGUUUUGUGGUACAUUUUUUGACUUUUUUAUGGAACAAGAGGGAGAGAAAAUCCUUCAUCUUAAAGUGCAAUUUCAGACUCCCUUUUAGGUUUUUUUUAAAAUAUGUAUUUCUUCUUUUUUUUUUAUAUAUAAAAGAGACACGUUUUCCCACCCCUAACUACUUAUUAUACGGUUGUGAUAUUUCAUUUUAACAUGAUAUAAAAGUAUAAAAGUUGUGCUGACAGCAAGUCAUACAUCCACACUGACUACAGCAGCAACAAUAACAACAUGAAGUGAUUUUUUUUGAGUUUUCAUUAAAAAAAACAUUGUUGUACUGCUAACAGAGGGAAAACCCAGGUAUUAAUUUUGUUAUGCUGUUGGUUAGUGAUGUUUAGACUCCCUAUUGGACAAUGCCGGGACCUCACACUAUAGAGGGAAGGAGGAUUACCUUGCACAUUAAAAGCUUCUUUAGGAUGCUACAUGGACCAAGAAUAAGCCAAAGGUUAGAUAAUGGACAAAAAUGCACUAGAAGUUUGACAGUUUUAGUUUUUUAUUAUGUUUUGUUUCUUACAUGUCCUAGUUACAUCUGUCCUAGUGAUUUUAUUGUUUUCUUUACUUUUCGAUUGUG